CGAGCCGCGCUUUCCUGCCAUGUACAAGCUGCGCUCUCGAGUGUUCUCCGUGUCCCUCCUCCUCUCCUCCAACAGCGUCGCUCAAGGCUACUCGCUCGGCGGCAGCCUGCCUCACCGCUUCUCGCGAGGCGUCGCGCUCCGUGGCGGCGCCUCGCCUCGAGCCGCCGCCGCCGGCGCCCAGGAGGCGGCGACGGCGGUGCCGCUGACCUCGGCCUCUCUCGCGGCCUCCGACGCGGCCGCAUCGGACUGGACGGGAGACAUGAUGGUCGUUCCGGUCUGGGAGGCCAAGGAGGGCGAGAGCAUCGCCCUCGGAGCCGAGGCGGCGGCGCUGGAUGCGGCGCUCUCCGGCGCGGUCGCCGACCUCAUCGCUGACAGCGAGUUCAAGGGCAAGGCCGGCUCGUCGGCCGUGGUCUCGCUGCCUCGCGGCGGGAACGUGCGCAAGGUGGCGGUGGUCGGGAUGGGCCUCUCGACCGACUUCAAGAUCUCCGGCGCCCGGAAAUUCGGAGCUACGCUGGCGACACUCGCAACCGAGCAGAAGCCCAAGCAGGCGGCGGCGCUGCUUCCGACCGGCCCGGCGCUCGCGGCGGACACACAGCAGGCCGCCUUCGAGGCCGCCAUGCUUGGGCUCUCGCCAGACACGCGCUACAAGUCGGACGCCGACAGCGACGAGAACAAGCCGCCGCCGCUGCAGGCGCUCGCGCUGCUCGGCGCCGACGCGGGCGCGCUCGCGCGCGCGCGGUCCUUCUCGGCGGGCGUGCUGCUGACGCGCGGGCUGGUGGCGUCGCCCGCCAACUACGCGACGCCCACCUCGCUCGCGGCGUGCGCCAAGGAGAUCGCCGACCGCUUCGAGGGCAUGACCCUGACGGUGCUCGAGCGGGCAGAGUGCGAGGCGCGCGGCAUGGGCGCGUACCUCGGCGUCUCGCAGGGCGCGGUCGAGCCGCCCAAGUUCAUCCACCUGUGCCUGAGCGCGCCGGGCGGCGGCAAGCCGGCGAAGAAGAUUGCCUACGCGGGCGCCGGCUCGAUGAUCGAGAAGAUGAAGUUCGACAUGGGCGGCGCGGGCGCGGUGCUCGGCGCGGCGCGCACGCUCGCCGAGGUGCGGCCGGCCGGCGUCGAGGUCCACUUCAUCGUCGCGUCCUGUGAGAACAUGGUGAGCGCCGAGGCGAUGCGGCCGGGCGCGACGCUUGCGAGACCCCUCGUGUCCCCUCGCGACAUCCUGACCGCCUCGAACAAGAAGACGAUCGAGGUGCUCAACACGGACGCGGAGGGCCGGCUCACGCUCGCCGACGCGCUCGUGUACGCCGAGGCCCUCGGCGAGGUCGACACGAUCGUCGACGUCGCCACCCUCACCGGCGCGUGCAUUGUGGCGCUCGGCCCCGACUAUGCGGGCAUGUGGUCGUCCGACGAGGCGCUCAGCAAGGCGCUGCUCGACGCGGCGGCGUCGCACGGCGAGCUGCUCUGGCAGAUGCCGCUCGCGCCCGAGUACCGCGAGCAGAUCAACAGCAAGAUCGCCGACCUUGCGAACCUCGGCGCGCCGGGCGGCGGCGGCUCGAUCACCGCCGCGCUCUUCCUGAACGAGUUUGUCAAGGAGUCGGCGUGGGCGCACCUCGACAUCGCCGGCCCCGUCUGGAACGACAAGGCGGGCGGCGCCACCGGCUACGGCGUGCGCACGCUCGCCGCGUAUGCCGAGGCGGUGGCCGCGUGAGGCGUGUGCGAGCGCACUCGCUUGACGCUCACGUGUGGACAGCAGUUGCACUCCGCACACGGCGCGGUGAUGCCUCUGCAAAAGACCUCUUUUCUUCCCAACUGGUGGAUCGAAAAGGGUCAUGAAUCCCUCUCAGACUCUCAGUCGGCAGAGCCAAACGCCCAGACGCAGAUCCCCGAGACCGCGCGCAGAGGCACGUGCGAAAAAAUCGAGCGCCGUUCGGUACGUGGCUGGGUUCACAGCCUUGUUCGAUUGAGAAUUCUUAAGAUAC